AUGUCUCCUACUCUCCCACUUGGCUUGCGCUGUGGAUUUCAAUAUGCUGACCGAUUGAUUCCUCCACUAGGGCGAUAUGGCAUCAUUUUCGAUGCGGGUUCCUCGGGGACGCGCCUGUACGUUUACAAGUGGAAGGAUCACGCCAAAGCGAUCAAGCAUGCUUCCGUCGACGAGCUCCAAAGUCUGCCAAAGAUCAAGCUGCAGACAAGCAAAAAGACGCACCCUGGCGUAUCCUCCUUUGCCGAGAGACCUGAAGAGAUUGGCCGCGAACACCUUCAGUCGCUCAUCGACAUAGCCCUCAAGGAAGUUCCCGAUAGUAAGGUCGCUGAUACACCCGUCUACCUUAUGGCCACUGCCGGCAUGCGUCUUCUCCCCGAUCAUCAACAAAAAGCCCUGCUCCGGAACAUGUGCUCGUAUCUCCAGCAAAACACGCGAUUCUCGCUACCUGAUUGCAACACCAACAUCCAGGUCAUCUCUGGUGAGACGGAAGGCCUUUAUGGCUGGCUCGCAACCAACUACCUGCUGGGUGGAUUUGACCAUCCCGACAAACACUCCCAUGGCAAAGGUCACCACACCUACGGCUUUCUGGACAUGGGGGGCGCCUCGGCGCAAAUCGCCUUCGCGCCGAACAACACAGAGGCCGAGAAACACGCCAAUGAUCUCAAGCUUGUCCGCCUGCGAACAAUUGACGGCUCGACCAUCGAGCACCGUGUCUUCACUGCCACCUGGCUUGGCUAUGGCGCGAACCAGGCCCGCGAACGAUAUAUCGACAAGCUCAAGGAACAAUACGGCAAACCCAACAGCCUUGAGCUUCCCGACCCAUGCCUUCCUGCUGGGCUGCGAAUAACUCUCAAGGGUGAACCGGUUGUCAGCGAGUCGGCGGGCAAAGAGUUGUCGCUCCUCGGAACUGGCCGAUUUGACGAAUGCCUUAGGCAGACGGAGCCAUUGCUAGGAAAGGACACGCCAUGCAAAGAUCAGCCCUGCUUGCUUAACGGACAACACGUGCCAAGUAUCGACUUUGACGUAAACCACUUCGUUGGUGUAUCUGAGUUCUGGCACACCACGCAUGGUGUUUUUGGAAAGGGCCACAAGACAGCAUACGACUUGGCAACGUACCAAAAGAAUGUUGUUGACUUUUGUACCCAGGACUGGUCGGAAAUCGAAACCACUAUCCACGCCAGAAAGAAGUCGGUUGCCCAGAAAGUCAAGAACGCUCAAGAAGCUUGCUUUAAAGCAUCCUGGCUCAUCAAUGUCUUGUACGAAGGCAUUGGAAUUCCUAGGCCUGGCCUAGAACACACCCCGCAUCCUGGCCUGAACGUUACUAAAGGAACCAUGGAGGAAGCAAAGGAAAAGGGAUUCGUUGACCCAUUCCAGCCUGUGAAUGAGAUUGACGGAGUCGAGGUUAGCUGGACGUUGGGCAAGAUAGUGCUUUACGCAGCCGGUCAGAUCCCACCCAAGGGAGCAGCCUUGUCGGUUGGAUUUGGAAGCAACAUUGCCGGUGCAACGGACUUCGAGCCGGCAGGUUCCAAGUUCUCCCCCAUCCCGGUUGAAAAUGACGACGACGAAUGGGACGACACUGCCGACGAUCUGUUGGACAAGGCCAAAACGAAAUCGGGCUCUGGUAUUCUAGCCUUCGUCCUGAUACUGGUCGUUUUGGCCUUUCUUUUGCGCAAGCGUGACCGCCGGGCUCGAUGGUUUGGCAGGGUUGCCACCGCCGUGCGGGGAACACGACGUCCAGGAAGCCCACGGAAGUUUGGACGGGGCUUCUCCUUGACCAGCAAGCUUUUCGGUCGUUCAUCGACGACCUAUGAACGGGUUCUUGAGGAGGGCGACGCGGAUCAGUUUGAGCUAGGCUCUGUUGAUUCAGACGAAAACGAGCACUCCGACAGUAGCGAGGGGUCCAGGGCUGGCCGCUCAUCCGGACUUGCCACCCCAAAACUCAACAUUGAACGAUUCGACGAUGUACGCCCGCCCUUUUCCAUGGACCGUGGCGGUUUGGCCGUGAGAACAGAGAGCCGAGAGAGGCUUGUACCGAGUGUAGUCAAUGCAGGCCGUCGCAGUCGUGCUGGUAGUCCAACACGGUUGAAGAGCCCGCUGAUGAAACCUUUGGAUGAGGAGUGA